UCACCGUAGACUUUGGGAAUCAGUGAUGGGAAUAGCGCCGUUAUAAGUUCAACAAACAGACGGCAAUGAAUCAGUCCUGGGGGCGGCUGCGUGGCCAGCGGCUGAGACGAAUCAGUUCAGGUGGGCGGCCACGUGGAAGACGGCGGCGGCCACUUAGCCGGUCUGGAGGCCAGCUGGGAGGAAGACGGCGGCCACUUAGCAGGUCCGGAGGCCGGCAGUGGCAAGGAAGUCCAGUCAGCGGCAGGUGGAGGGUGGCCACUGACGCCAAAUCCGACGUGGACAUGGCGGAGGCAUGGCGAUCGCUGGUGCCUAGCAGCUGCAGGCGACGGCGUGGGAGCCACUGGGGCAGGGCCAGCAGGUGCGGAAACCUCUGGCUGAGGACAGGCAGGGCCAGCAGAUGAAACACAUUAAAUGUGUGGUGGUGGGUGACUAUGAAGCAGGAAAGACCUGCCUGCUCAAUUCCUACACCAAUGAAAAUUUACCCUUUAAAGAUUUCCCCAUGUCGUUUGCUACCUGUGUGAGGACAGUGAUGAUCGAUGACGAGGAGUACAGUCUGCAACUGUGUGACACUUCAGGUCAGGAGGACUACGAAAGAAUACGACUUAACACGUACACCGGCACCGACGUCUUCCUUGUCUGUUUCUCUGUCGUAUCGCCCUCAACCUUUCGGAACGUCAGAGAGAAGUGGGUGCCAGAGAUUUUACGCUUCUCUCCAAGGAUGCCGUUCCUGCUGGUCGGGACUCAUGUGGAUCUGAGAGAUAACGAGAACACCCUGGAACAAGCCCUGACCUUUAAGAGUGGAGAGGAACUGGCUCAUCAGCUGAAGGCCGUUAAAUACAUGGAGUGUUCAGCUCAGACUCGGGAAGGAGUGAAGGAGGUGUUUGAAGAGGCCAUCCUGGCAACUCUAAAUCCUACAGAUAAAAAAUCCACUUACAUCUGUGUUCUGCUAUAGGUAGAACAGUAGAAGGAGAAGAAGAAGGGGAAAAGAAGGCUUAGGAGGAAGACGGGGAGGUGGACCCAGAAUUAUUAACCCAUAUGGGAACAGAGUGUUCAGCCAUAAUGGCACAGGCUGGAGUCUGUGAAUCAACAUCAUAAUUUAUUAAUUGAUUUUAAAUAAAAAUGUUUUACAUUUUAAAAAUAGAUGUGUGUGUGGGUGGGAGGGGGUAACUUAGGAAGAAAAUUAAACAUUUUUACAGCAGUAAUCUUUUGCCUGCCAUGGACCGUUUUCCCUCCUCCCCUUAGGAUGGAGGCUGCACAGCAUCCUGGUGAGACUGAAGAAUUGCUGCUUUUCUGGAUACUGUGACAGUGUUGAACUGUGAUAAACUUCCACACCUCUGAAUGCACAAUAUACAUUUUAAAUGAUUUAAUAGGUAGUUAUUUUGUAUUAUAUUUAUUUACUUUUUUAUUUCAUAUAAAAAUGAUUAUAUUUUUAGUUGGCUGGUUACUAUUUUUGAUUGUUAGUCAGAGACCUGAGUAACUGUGCUCUCGUGUUUUCUUUGUGGUGAAUGACAAUAAAGAAUCCUUUAAACUGUA